AUGUCAAACCGUUCCUUCAAGAAUUUCAUAGAAGAAGAACUUGGAACAUUCCCACACUUCUUAAUCUACGCUGUUCUUGAAUGGAUCCUCAUCAUCAUCCUCUUCAUCGACGGCUUCCUAGCAUUCUUCUCCAACCAAAUCGCUAAGUUCUUCGACCUUAGAACCCCUUGUCUUCUCUGCACUAGAAUCGACCAUGUUCUUGUCAGAAGAAACCCUGACUUCUACUACAACGACUCCAUCUGCGACUCUCACAAGAAGAACGUCUCUUCUCUCGCUUACUGUCACGUUCACAAGAAACUCUCUGAGAUCAAACGAAUGUGCGAAGGGUGUCUCCUCUCUUUCGCCACAGAGAAAGAAUCAGACGUUGACACUUACAAAUCUCUUAUAGGAAUCUUGCAUAAGGAUCUUGAGCUUCUCAUCGACGACGAACGUGAGCUUCAGCUAGCGUUUCCGGUCACGGGCUCCAAGAAAGAGGAAGGAUUUUAUCAGAAUGAUCAGAGAAGUAACAUUAGCAACGAGAGGUUUCAAGAACAGCAACGUUGUUCUUGCUGUGGGGAGCUGUUGAAGUUGAAAACAGAGAAACCGAAGAACAACUUCUUUGCUGGUCCUAGUCCUUCUCCUAGAGUUUCAUUCAACCAAAGAACAAUGGAUUUGUCUCAGUUCAGAUACUCAGAGAUCCCUGAGGAUGAAGACUCUAUCAACACGAAAGCAGCAUUAGGGGAAAUGGCUGAUGAUAGAACGCCGAGUUUUGUGAAAGGAGGGAACAACAGAUUCUUCGGGAUUCCUCUUUCUGAUUCUGCUCAGAACAGUCCUCGUUGGUCUGUUAGAUCAAUGAAGAAGUCUGUGGUUGAUCAGAAUGGUUCGGAGAGCGAAGUCUUGGAUGGAGAUUCGAUACUUCAUCAUCUCAACAGACAGGUUAGGUUGGAUCGGAAGUCGUUAAUGGAUUUGUAUAUGGAGUUAGAUGAAGAGAGGAGUGCUUCAGCUGUUGCGGCGAACAACGCGAUGGCUAUGAUCACGAGGCUACAAGCAGAGAAGGCUGCUGUUCAGAUGGAGGCAUUGCAGUAUCAGAGAAUGAUGGAUGAGCAAGCGGAAUAUGAUCAAGAAGCUUUGCAGUCUAUGAAUGGUUUGUUGGUUAAGAGAGAAGAUGAUAUGAAAGAGCUUGAAGCUGAGAUUGAAGUUUAUAGGUUGAGAUUUGGGUUGUUGAGAGAAGAAGAAGAUGCAGAAGAAGAGUUUCUUGAUGAAGAAGGCAUUGAUGAAACUAAACCGGUCUCGGAUUUGCCUGUUUGUUCUUCAAAUCAUGAUUUAGCAGAGGAGUCUAAAGCCAACAAUGGUGUGAUCCUAGAGGAAGAAAAAGAAAAUGGAAGCAGAAAAGAUAAGUUAGUGAAAGAGAUUUCAGAGAUUACAGAGAGACUAAAUGCAAUUGAAUCAAAAGGAGAAUUGCUGCAGCAAAUUUCAGAUGUUUUAGAUGUUAGUGAAGGAGAAGCAAUUCUGUUACAGAUAUCUCAGAAUCUGCAGAUGCUUCGUAGUUUCAUCGAAAUGCCAUCAGAAUCAUGA